AUGGAGAGCCCCAGAGAGGGUGGGAAAAGGAGGAAGGCAAUUGAGAAAGAAGGGAAGGAGAUUCCAGACCGCUGCCAAAUUCCCUCCUCCUCCACCACCACCUCCUCCUCCUCCCUCUGCUCUCUAUCAGACUGCCGGCAGCACGUAACAGACGGAGCAGAGGAGGCUCUCAUAGCCGCCGUCGGUAUUCAGCGGAGCGGCGUGACUCUCAGCUUGAGGCGCUGUGCGUGCGUCUGCGUGUGCGGGGGGCAGAAGAUGGUGGUCGGCCCGCCGUGUGGCCGCAGGCUGGCCCGGCGCUCCAGCUCGGCGCUGCUCGCCGCUCUCACCGUCCUGUUGAUCCAGACGCUCAUCGUGUGGAACUUCAGCUCCUUCGACUUGGGGGAGGAUGGGAGAGGAGGAGGGGGAGGAAGAGGGGGAGACGGAGCCGGCAGAAACCGAGGGAAGAGAGACCGGGUCGGGGCGGGGGUCAACAAAGCCCAGGGCGAGGAGCCCCCUCGGAGCGGGCAGCAGAGGAGAGGCGACCCGCCGCCGCCGCUCGGCAAGGCGGCAGUGCGCCACAAGCUGCAGGCGGAUGGCUUUCAUUUCCAUCGGCCUAAAGAGAAAAUUCACCCAGACAGCAACAACAAUGAAAACUCUGUACCCAAAGACUUCGACACCAUUGACAGCAACAGCAACCUGGGAGCACAUUCCCAACACCAACGAGCGCUGGCCGCCAACGCCAAGCGCAAGCUGGAGAAAGCCCAGCCGCAAAGCAUGCUAGGAAAAUCAGCCAACGACAUCCUCAAGUUCCCUGCCAUCCAACCUAAGAGGGCGGAGCAUAGCCACAACCACACCCACUUCCGUAAACCCCAUCCACAGAUUCCAACCAACCCGGCGCCGGCCCGAGGAGCCCCCAGCCCCUACCAGUCAAGCAAGUCAGCCACUGCACCGCCUGGAUCAGAGCAGAAGAAGGUCCAGCCACAGUGUGAGAUCAGUGGGAAGGAGGCCAUUUCAGCUCUGUCCAGAGCUAAGAGCAGGGAGUGUCGACAGUGGAUUGUGGAGAUUUACUGCAAGCACAAGGAAAAUGUGCUCAUGCCAGAGAAAGUGCCUCGCUACUGCCCCAUUGAAGGAAAGGCCAGUGUGAAUGUGCAGUGGGAUGAGGACCCCUCAGAUGCUUCGCUGGCCACGCCUGUGCGCAUCGCCUUCGUCCUAGUAGUCCAUGGCCGGGCCUCGCGUCAGUUUCAGCGUCUCUUCAAAGCCAUCUACCACACCUCCCACUACUACUACAUCCACGUAGACCAACGAUCCAACUACCUCCACAGAGAGGUGGUAGCACUAGCCCACCAGUACACUAAUGUCCGCGUGACUUCCUGGCGCAUGGCUACUAUCUGGGGUGGCGCCAGCCUGCUGAGUAUGUAUCUGCGCAGCAUGGAGGACCUUCUCAAAAUGGCUGACUGGUCAUGGGAUUUCUUCAUUAACCUCAGUGCUGCUGAUUACCCAAUCAGGACCAAUGAGCACCUGGUGGCUUUCCUGUCCAAGUACCGCAACAUGAACUUCAUCAAAUCUCAUGGCAGAGACAACGCACGCUUCAUUCGCAAGCAAGGGCUGGACCGUCUCUUUUAUGAGUGUGACAACCACAUGUGGCGGCUCGGGGACCGGAAGAUCCCAGAGGGAAUAACGGUGGAUGGAGGCUCCGACUGGUUCCUUCUCAACCGGCCAUUUGUUGAUUACGUGGUAAACUCCAAAGAUGAGCUGGUCAGCAGCAUGAAGCGCUUCUAUGCCUACACACUACUGCCUGCCGAGUCAUUCUUCCACACAGUGCUGGAGAACAGUGCCUAUUGUGAGAGCAUGGUGGACAACAACCUGAGGCUCACCAACUGGAACAGGAAACUGGGUUGUAAGUGCCAGUACAAGCACAUAGUGGACUGGUGUGGCUGCUCACCCAAUGACUUCAAGCCCUCUGACCUGCCCCGAUUCCAGCAAGCGUCCAGGCCCACCUUCUUUGCCAGGAAGUUUGAGGCCAGUAUAAGCCAGGAAAUCAUUAACCAGCUGGACUCCUUCCUGUUUGGAUCGUAUCCCCAUGGGACUCCAGGCCUCCAGGCCUUCUGGGAGAACAUCUACGAACAGGAGACGGAUGGCCCCGCCAGCCUAUCAGAUGCCCUGCUCAGCCACUAUCAUGCCUUCGCCCGUAUGGGCCUGUCCCGCGCCGGCACUUCACUGCAGGGCCGCCCCAAUGACAAGAGCUGCAGGUACAUGGCCAUGGGUCACCCAGUGUCAGUCCACCUUUACUUCCUGUCUGACCAGUUCCAGGGGUACCUAGUUCGUCAUCAUGCCACCAACCUGGCAACCAUGCAGCUGGAAACCUUUGAGACCUGGGUAACACCCAAAGAUCACUUCACACUGGCUACACCCCCCAACCCGGCUAACAGGCUGCAGUAUAUUCAGGUGGGGACAGACUGGGAUCCCAAGGAACGUAUUUUCAGGAACUGGGGGGGACUGCUGGGGCCUGAGGACGAGCCUGUGGCCAUGCAGCGCUGGAGCCGGGGCCAGAGCAACCUGACGGCCACCAUAGUGUGGAUUGACCCCACUAAUGUCAUCGCCGCUACCUAUGACAUCCUGGUGGACGCCACCGCUGAGUUCACCCACUAUCGGCCGCCGCUGAACCUGCCGCUGAGGCCCGGUGUGUGGACACUCAGGGUGCUGCACCACUGGAAUCUCCUAGCCCAGACCACCUUCGUGGUGGCUCCGCUGGAGUUCCACAAACAGCAGCCCAUACGCCAAGAGGACACACGGCGGCUCCACGGAGGUCCAGCCCGCAACUCUUAUAUGGAGCAGAGUUUCCAUGGCCUCAACCCGGUUCUGCGGCUGCCAGUGAGCCUGGGUGCAGUCGAGGAGGCCGAGGCCAACGCCGGCCUGACCGGGGCCGCCCUGAGCCUCUGGAUAGACCGAAUGCUGGAGGGGCGCUGGUCCUCUGCUGACAUCUGCUCAGCAGGCCCCAGCGCCUGUCCCGUCAUGCAGCGCUGCCGCCUCACCGUCUGGAGCGCCCUCAGCCCAGACCCCAAAUCUGAACUGGCCCCGCCCGGGGAGAAGGGACGGAUUAGGUAGCGAAUGGAUUGGACAGACUGACAGAGGGAUGCCACGUUGGAUGGACAGAGCGGAUGAUAGCUAGGAGGGAGGAAUACAUAACUGGUCAAACAUGAGGUGGUGUCGUGUUUGAGCGGGCUGUUUAUUUAUUUUAUAGUCAUGUGGGACGAUGGAAGGAACAGUUGAGGGACUGGCUUGGAGACGAAGGGAAAUCAACUCCCCGAGUCCUGGUUCAUGUAUCUCUUAACCCCAUGCCCAUGUUGUUGGGAACUGCAUGAGUGUGUGUGUGUGUGUGUGUGUGUGCGUGCAUGUGUGUGUCUGUUCUCUGUGCCCAGUCGAAGUACCCGAGACUUGAAGUUUGUGAGAAGUCAACUAUGCUGAAACUCCGAAGAGAUUCGCCUCCUUUCUUUCCUCGUUGUUUUAAGAUGACUUCUUGUCUGGUCUUUACUGGAGGAACUGACGUACGUGUCAAAGCCUACAAUAACCUGCUAUGUCAACUAUUUAUUUAGAAGUUUAUAUAUUAACGAAUUAUAUUUUUGUUUAGUCAGUGACUAAUAUUUGAUAUGCUGAUUUUGAUGCAGCGGGCAAUUUUUUUUUGGGGGGGGGGGGGUUAACACGCCUGCCUUGAUUUCCAAAGGCCUCUUCAAGACUAAUUGUCCAUGUGUCUAUCAGUAGGUGAUGUCCUCCGUGUCCGCUCUGCCUUGUCUCG